GUUUUAUGACAUAUUGAUACAGUGAUUGAUGUAAACAUGUUGUAAUGUGAUUGUUGUGCAGCAUCAGUGAUCAGAUGCUGGUGUGAAUGACGCAGUUUGGUUUAAACUGGUUAAAAGUGUUUCCUGUCUGUGUUUCGGUCUCAGUUUGCUUCCCUGUGAAACAUCGUGUGGUCUGAUGGUCUCGUUUCCUUCUUCUUCUUCUCUGUUUCAUCGUGUUUGUUUCAUUCAAUUCUAGUUUGUUGUCUUUGUCUCCGGCUGAAUCCGUGUUUAUCCUGGUUAUUGUUGCGUCAGCAGACAGAGUGAUUGACAGCUGAGGGGGCGGGGCCAACAGACUCAUGCAGCUGCAGAGUUGAUGAUGACGAUGAUGAUGAUGAUGAUGAUGAUGAUGGUGAUGGUGAUGAUGAUGAAGAGUGACGCUCAGUCAGCUGCCUCUGCAGAGGUGCUGCCAGUGUCUGCAGUCAGCGGGAAGGAGGUGGUGCUGACCUCUGACCUGCAGAAGGGAAAGAUAGAGGCCAUAAGUCACGUCAACUGGGACCACAACAACGAGCGGCUGCUGAAGAAAAACAAAACCACAUGUGACCACGGACGCUGCGACCUGCAGAAGGACGGCUCGCUGAGGUUCAACCGCGUUCAGGCUGAAGACGCAGGAAACUAUAGCGUGGAGGCGUUUGACAACACAGGGCAGUGUCUGCUGAAGAAACGCUUCCUGCUCACUGUGGAAGAUGUCAGCAGCAGCAGCAGCAGCAGCAGCAGCAGCAGCAGCAGCGGUUUGCUGUCGACUGUGUCGGUUUGCUUCCUCCUGAUGUUUCUGCUGCUGAUCUUCAUCACCGUCUUCAUCCUGAGGAGGAGGAGGAGCCAGAGGAUGAGGACUGCAGGACCCACGGAGGAAAAUGUUUACAUGACGAUGCACAGUCACCAUGGCAACAACAAGAAAGAGGAGGAGUGUGAUUAUGUUCCCUGUGAUCCUGCCGUUUCCAAGGAAACACCAAUCACACAGCAGCCGUCAGUGGAUGCAGAAGACAUCUACGUGUGACGACCAAUCAGAGCUCAUCUUGUUGUCCGUGUGCUGCGUCUGUCUGAACACCGACUCACCUUUACUCUGCCUUCACCGACUCACCUGCUCUGCAUUUUUCAAUCCUUUGUUUUUAUAAAAAUACAAUAAACUUGGCAUGUCGCCGCUGUAAUCUUUUCAAA